AAUCAGGGCAAAACUGAAGCUUCAGCAUAUAUUUCUCUUCUUCAAUUCAGAAGUCAUUUCUUGGCGGCGUGCUUCUUAUCACGAGUAAGGGAGGAGAGGCGUGCUCCUUCCCUCAUCCUUCUUGCCUUUGUGCCAUUCCCCUCCCGCCCAAAAAACAAUGGCAGCCUGGAGUCGGACAAAGAAGCAAAAGAUAGACUUAGAACUUUAACUAGAGAGGGAACUACAACGUUUUUCUCCUUCAAAUUUCUCAUCUUUUUUCGAUCUUUCACUUCUUCAGAAGAUGCAUAUUAUUCAAAGUCCCAGGCUUUCGCUCUCAAAUCACUAUCCCUUGCCUCUCUGUUCAUUUAAGUCUCCUCACACUUACAUUCCCUCGUUCUCCCCGGCUGCAAAAGUCAUCUCCAUAUCCGGGUUCUCCAAUUCAUUAAAAAGGGUGCCCAAAUCACAAUCUGCUCCGAGAAGAAAUAGCAGUAGUGGGUUAAUGGAUUUGCAGUGUUGCAGGGCACUGGUUGGCGAAGAAACCAGAGAUGAUGCAUUUUACAUUAGGAGGUGUGUGGAGAUUGCUAGGAAGGCAAUUGGAUGCACGACCCCGAAUCCAAUGGUGGGUUGUGUAAUCGUCAAGGAUGGCCAAAUCGUUGGAGAAGGGUUCCACCCUAAAGCUGGCCAGCCGCACGCUGAGGUAUUUGCUCUUAGAGAUGCUGGGGAAUUGGCUGAGAAUGCGACAGCUUAUGUUAGUUUGGAGCCGUGUAAUCACUAUGGAAGAACUCCACCAUGCACUGAAGCUCUUAUCAAUGCCAAAGUGAAGAAGGUGGUUGUUGGGAUGGUGGAUCCAAACCCAAUUGUGGCUUCUAAAGGGUUGGAUAAAUUGAGAGGUGUAGGGAUAGAUGUUACAGUAGGUGUGGAACAGGAACUAUGCAAGAGGCUCAACGAGGCUUACAUCCAUAAGAUGCUCACAGGGAAUCCUUUUCUCACAAUUAGAUACUCCAUAUCUCUAAAUGGUAAUAUUUUGGACCGACUUGGAGAAGGAGCUGUAGAACGUGGGGGAUACUACUCCCGGUUGUUACAGGAAUAUGAUGGUGUAGUGCUUUCUGCUUCUUCAACCGCCAACGAGCUGUCCCUUCCUAUUUCUCAAGAAUCGGGUGCUAAUCAACCCCUUUGGAUAAUCACUGCAACUUCCCCGUAUCAAGUUCUUGUUCCUCCAGUGGCUGCUGGACAAUCUGAUUCUAGAGUGAUUGUCUUUGCAGACAAAGAGUGCAGUGUAGAAAGUAGUCAGAGAGGGAUCGAGACCGUGGUAUUGGAUCACAUAAAUCUGAAUGCUAUAUUAGAGUACUGUAAGCAGCAGGGUCUGUGCAGUGUUCUGCUGGAUUUGAGGGGAACUUUUUCUGGGCUGGAGAAGCUUGUCAAGGAAGCUAUGGAGCACAAGAUGUUGCAGAAGAUUAUAGUUGAAGUACUGCCAGUAUGGGAGGGAGAAGUUGAUGCAGGUUCUGUUGCUGCAUUGAAGACCAUGGGGAGACACAUAGACCUGAAGAAUGUACAGGCCAGUAGCUCAGAUAGAAGCAUUGUACUUGAGGGUUACUUUUAGUGCAAGUUGUCAAGUUCUGUGACAACAGAUCCUUGUAACCCACCAAGGAAGUUAUCAACCUUUUGUUCCUCUAUUGACUUAAAAUAAGUGAACAAUCAUGAGUAGUUCUAAUCACAACUUCCGAAUUGAAUUCACUUGCUUGACUCUGAGGUGGAAGUUUCAUUUGAAUUUUGGCAAAUGUGGGAAUCCUUAGAGGGUUUCUUGCUAUGAGAUGCUGCAGUAUCAGAAGGGAAUAAUUAUUUGUAAAACCAGAC